AAACAUGCUAACAUGGACUCUCCUAAAACAUGCUAACAUGGACUCUCCUAAAACAUGCUAACAUGGACUCUCCUGAAACAUGCUAACAUGGACUCCUGAAACAUGCUAACGUGGACUCCUGAAACAUGCUAACGUGGACUUCUGAAACAGGUCCACAUGGUGCUGGUCCACUCCUGCUAACCAGAAGGAGGAUUCUGCCGGGCGCCAUGACGACCAUCUGCUGGGACAGACUUGCAGUGUCUUCACAUCCUUCUGCUCCUCAAACUCUCUUGGCUCGGCCGGUCUGAGAUGGCGGCCAAGCUUUACUAUGGAACAAAGAAGUCAAGCGAACACGGUUGGAUUGGACGACACAUACGAAAAAUGGGAAUCAGCACUCGUCGACUCGUGCUGAAGAAAGGUGCGAAGCCAACUAUUUUCGAUAGACCACGGACAAGUCCGGAGCACCCGACCCCCUCCACAAGCGGACAGACUGGGCACAUGAGGUCUGCAUUUGCCAAAAGGGAAAGGAAGAGGACAAUAGAUCAGAUCAUGGACAGUACGACUACGGCAUCAGUGGCGGAUGCGGUGGAUGAACCAAUGGCAAUGGCACUAGAUUUGCCUGAUGAGGAGGGCGAUCAAGAUCAGGGAAAUACAAGAGAACAAGGAUGCCAGACGGACUGGGUACCGAUUGGGACAGCACCAACAGCAAUGACCAGUAGCAAGAGCACCCAAACAGGGAAAAUACAUCAUAGAUCAAAGGGACACCAGGUGACCCCAGAUAUCCUCGAGAGGGUUAGAGCUCGGCCGGCCAGGGUUAGUGAAGUCCCAUUGUCAAGUGUAGCAGCUCCAUCUGACAGCCCCGAGAUGCAGACUAACAUAGCAGCUCCAGGUGUGUCUGGAAUGCAAGCCAAGCUACGACCACCUCCUGCAUUGUUUGAUGAAGGACCAGCAUCAAGUCCCACUGCGCCUUUUGUUGGUGGUUCUUCCGAUGACAGCUAUGUGCCGAGUGAGUCAACGACAUCGGAUCCGUGUCAAUCUGACGGGUCGCCAGAUCGCCCAUGUACUCACCAGAUGCAUGAAGAGGGCUGCCACAAGGAACCGAAGUACAUCAUCUUUGAGUCGUGCCUCCAGAGUCUCGUCAAGUGGUGUCACUGUCCAGUCUGUGGCAGCCAGGACAUAAGCCCUUCUUGGGAUUCGAACGGUACACAGCUGACCAUGACUCUUCAAUGUGCAUCAUGUGACCAGAGGAGUAGUUGGAGCAGCCAGCCAAACAUUGGCCCUUAUGCCGCGGGCAACAUCCUGCUGUCUGCUGGCAUCCUCUUCGCUGGGGCAUCUUCUGGCAAGGUGUUGCAAGUGCUGAACAGCAUCGGAGUGGUCACGUAUGUGAAGAGGACAUUUUUCAACCACCAGGAGCUCAUCCUGCAGCCAGCCAUCAAAAAGGUGUGGGAGGAACAGCAACGGACGCACCUCACCAUGCUGCAGGUGGAAGGCCGACCCCUCGUCCUUGGUGGUGAUGGGCGAGCAGACAGUCCGGGACACAGCGCCAAGUUCGGUACCUACACCACAAUGGAGCUUGUGGCCAAUGUGGUUCUCGACCUUCAGGUUGUACAGAGCAACGAAUGUCUUGGCAGCUACCAUAUGGAGAUGGAAGGACUGAAGAGGAUGGUGGAACUGCUGAUCAGCUGGGACCUGGAUGUCGGGGUGCUGGUGACAGACAGACACAGACAGAUCGCUAAAUGGAUUCGUGAAAACAUGCCCAAUACACGGCACUGCUAUGACAUCUGGCAUGUUGCAAAAUCCAUCGGAAAGAAACUGAAGGCCAUCGCCAAGCAUAAGGACUGUGAAGACCUGAAGCCCUGGGUGCAAAGUAUAAUCAACCACCUCUACUGGGCAGCAGUGUCUACACCGCCUGGAGAGGGGGAACUUCUGGUUGCCAAGUGGAAGUCUGUGGAGCGACACAUUCAGAACAUCCACAAGGACCAUGGCGACCUCUUCCCAAUUUGUACUCAUGGACAACUGCAACGGCAAAAGAAAUGGCUCAAACAAAGUUCACGCUCAGCAGUGAAACUGGAGGAGGUGGUCAACAACAAGUCCCUGCUAAAAGAUAUCGCCAUGCUGUCGGGUGAACACCAGACUUCCAAGGUGGAGGCGUUCCAUAGCCUUAUCAUACAGUUCGCACCGAAAAUGUAUGUCUUCUCAUACAUCGGAAUGCUGUGCAGGAACCUGCUUGCUGGGCUGCACUGGAACGAAAAUUCGAGCCGCCCUAUAGCCACUACACAAGCGGGUGCUGAGCGCUAUGCAGUACGCUACCCGAAGUAUAAAGCAGGGGGCCAUGUGGUCAAGAAAAUCGCGACAGAGCCAACAUACCGCUACGUAGAUGACUUGAUCAGGGAGGUUGUUGCUGGCUGCAGACAGACCCCUGACGAGAGAACACCACUCAGCGUCACUGUGGAUGUGCCUCCCUUCCUCUGCGAUGAACUGGAGAAGCCAGACAAGGAGGAAGCCAUCGCCAAGCACAGGAGUCGCUUCGGUAAGUGUGAAAUGCCCUCCCGGUAACAGUUAGAGAUGCUACCUCAGUAGAAGCAUUUAAGUCCCAUCUUAAAACUCAUUUGUAUACUCUAGCCUUUAAAUAGACCCCCUUUUUAGACCAGUUGAUCUGCCGUUUCUUUUCUUUUCUCCUCUGCCCCCCCCCCACGUGGAGGGGUUAUUCCGGUGACCAUGGAUAAAGUGCUGGCUGUCCAGAGUUGGGACCCGGGGUAUACCGCUCGCCUGUGCAUCGGUUGGGGACAUCUGCGCUGCUGACCCGUCUCCGCUCGGGGUGGCCUCCUGCUGGCUCCACUGGACCCUCACUAAUAUGUUAGACCCACUCGACAUCCAUUGCUUUCGGUCUCCCCUAGAGGGGGGGGGUUACCCACAUAUGCGGUCCUCUCCAAGGUUUCUCAGUCAUUCACAUCGACGUCCUACUGGGGUGAGUUUUCCUUGCCCGUGUGUGGGCUCUGUACCGAGGAUGUCGUUGUGGCUUGUACAGCCCUUUGAGACAUUUGUGAUUUAGUGCUAUAUAAAUAAACAUUGAUUGAUUGACUGAUUGAUUGAUUGAUUGAUUUUAUUGAUUAAGUACAGUGGCCAUGUAGAUUCUGUUGCAGUCACUGCACGUCUUGGAACCCCGUGUAGUCCAUCGAUGGGAAUGUUGUCCUAAUCUUAUGUACUACACAAGCUGGUAGUACCACCCUUAUGUCCUUUCCCAGAUAUCCCCAGCAGAAGCGGACAAACUGUCGAUAGGCUGUGUGUCGUCUCCGCCUGCAAGUAGCAAAUGAUGGCAGCUGUUAUUAUCCGGACAUGGAUACACAGUGACUCACUGUUCUCUGAGAUUCAAAAGACAUUGUCAUGCAUUCUAUUCAUUUGUCAUUUACUGUUGCAGUAAAUUGUAAAUAUUGUUGACAUCUACGGUCCAUCUAUGUAAUACUUCUAUGAUAUAU